GCCGCGCCGAGGACCUUCGCCGCCCCCGGCCCCCGAGGAACAUGGACGCCGACUCGUGCGCCUCCGCCUUCCACCCUGAGGAAUACUCCCCCAGUUACAAGAGGCGGCGAACUGUGGAGGAUUUCAACAAGUUUUGUACCUUUGUCUUGGCAUAUGCUGGUUACAUCCCUUAUCCAACGGAGGAGCCGCCUUUGAGGAGCAGCCCCAGCCCUGCCAACAGCACAGCCGGGACCAUCGACAGUGACAGCUGGGAUGCCAGCUUUGCCGACCUGCCCUCGUCUGUGUCCCUGCCUGUUGCAGACCGGUGCUUUGGCCACUUGCAGCCCUCCCUUCUGCAGCGAGCCAAGCCCAGCAACUUCCUCAUGGACAGAAAGAAGACGGAUAAGCUGAAGAAGAAGAAGAAGCGUAAGCGGAGGGAUGCAGACGUGCCCAUGGAAGAGGAGUACAUGGGGGGCCUGCUGAAGCUGGAGCCGGCCGACGCUUUUGCCCAGAGGACCGCCAGCCCUGACCUGCAGGACGUGCCCACGGCCAGCAGUGACCCGUGCUCGGGCUGGGAUUCUGACACCCGCUCUAGCGGCUCCUGUGCGGCGGCCACCCCCGAGGAGGUCAAGGAGAUUCAGACAGAAGGCAAACGGACUGUCAUACGGCAGGGCAAACAGGUGGUGUUCCGGGACGAAGACAGCACUGGGAACGAUGAGGACAUCAUGGUGGACUCUGAUGACGAUUCCUGGGACCUCGUCACCUGUUUCUGCAUGAAACCUUUUGCUGGGCGACCGAUGAUUGAAUGUAAUGAGUGCCACACCUGGAUCCACCUGUCCUGUGCAAAAAUCCGGAAAUCCAAUGUUCCCGAAGUGUUUGUUUGCCAAAAGUGCCGGGACUCCAAGUUUGACAUCCGCCGCUCCAACCGUUCCCGAAUGGGUUCCCGGAAGCUCUUUCUGGACUGACUGGGGUGGGGCAUGACUUCAAAGGAAGGAAUAGAAGGGCCGGUGGGUGUUCUUUGGGGUCACUUUUUCCGAAUCUGAGCACAGAACUGUUAGCGCGAGGUGCGCCAUCCUUGCCCUUCUGACAUCGAGGUGCCUAAGCAGAAGGACAGGUUGUCCAAGGUACAUAAAAACUGUACAUAGUUGGUGACGACGUAGAAUCUUUGUUGGCCAAAGCUGCUGCUGGGGCCCUGUGCUCCGCAGCCAGAGCAGACUCGGCACCCUGGUGUUGAGCUCCAAAUGAGGGUAUGUGAUGGUUGUGAGUCUUUUCCCCCACUUUGGACUGCUGGGGUGGGGCUGGGGGUGAGGGUGAGGGUGGGGACGGGGACAGUCCUCCCCAGAGGGAGGACCACAUCUCUGGUUUCCAAGGAUUCAACAAGUGAACAGCCAUAUGUGUUAAGCUUCCCGAGUAUAAGUCUUUACCAUAAGUGUCUGUAUAGGUAGCCUAACAUUGCUCUUUUCUUAGCAAACAGCUCCCUAGCCUGCUGCCUCUGCCUGAGAGGGGGGCAUCCUACGUCACGUGCAAGUGGCUUCCUCCGGUCUUGCUAUGGGGAGAGUCUGGGCCAGUGAUUUCUCCUUCCAGUGCUCUCCUGGUGUAUUUAGAGGAAUCGCGCAGGGCUGCUUCUGUUGGGGCAGAGCCAGGAUGGUCUCUUAGAUGAAGGGGGCUUGAGUCCUUGAUACAAGUUCCCAUUUUGCAUGAUGUAGAAUUUUCUUUUCCCUUCUUCCCUCUAUUUUCUUUUUUUUUUUUUUUCUUUUUGCACGAUCCAGCCAAACUGAGUCUGGCAGAUUUCCUGCCUGGUGUCCCCUUUGUCUCGGGGACAUGUUGGGAUGCAGAGUGGAGGUGCUCUCUUCAGAGUGAGUGGCAGCAGGCUGGUUCCUUCCUCAUUUCUUCCCCCAAAGAGUACCGACCCUGUACCAUGAUAGAGGCAGUUAUCACUGGAGAUUAGUAGUGGUCUUAUUUAAAUAAGAAAUGUCCUGAGCAAAGCCAGGGAUCCCUGUUUUCCCAAGGCAGGUUGAGGCAUCCCCAGAGCAAGGUUAGAAUUUAAAAGCCCUUGCUUUCUUUACUUGGUGAGUGUUGUCUGAAUACUGGCACUCGGGUGUUUCGUGGCAUUUGUGCAAGGUCCUGUUAACCGAUCCCCAGCCUCUAUAGCUUUGAAACUCCUGAUGUGGUCCACAGCAGGAAGAUCCUGAUUGUGUUUGGCUAUGGGAAGUCUAGGGGAUUUUGAGGUGUGUGUGACCCCAGUUGAGUCUCUGCUCCAGGGCCAUCCCCACUGCAGAACCACUGGCUGAUUCUGUUACUUGGUUAACAAGAGAAGGACCUGAGCUUUUUUCUCCUUAAUGACUAAGUGACAAAUAACUGUAUGUAGCCGCUGUUCAAGGCCUUGUUUUAAAAAAAUAAAAUAAAAAAAACAAAAACAAAAAACCCCGUCCCUUGUAAAUGAAUGAAUGUUGUUCUUCAGAAAGUGUUUGAAGGAUAAGUGGGAUUGCAGUUAGAAGUUUUAUUUUCCCCCCCCCCCAAAAAAAAGGG